UGCAAAGUUCAUUAGAAAUUGCUUAAAAAGCAUAGCCUUUUGUUAAUACUUUUUUGUAUGAAAAUUCGAGUACCUCAAAUAUGAACGUACUAUAAUUGUUUUCUAAAUAAUUCGGUAUUGACUAAUCAUUUAUUAACCAUUAUGUCUUGGUUAAAUUCGUUAAAAGUGUUUUUUACCCCCGAUAAAAAUCCCAAUAAAGUUAUUGAAGUAAAAUCGGAAAAAUAUUCUAAUCGUAAUGUUCACUGUCGUCAUGACCCGAUUAUUUUAUAUGCAGUAGAUAAUAAUAAUGUUAGUGAAAUUGUCUUACAUUUGUCUCGUGCUGAGAGCUUAACCACUUCUUACAGCUUGUACAGGGGAUCAAGUAUAGAAGAUUCAGAAAUAAGAUUUUGUAUACUUAAGGACAAACUACCAGAGAUACUGAGUAUAUCCAAAGAUUGUUAUUGUUUAUCCGUGAUCCAAAAUUUAUGUGAUACUCUUGUCGAACACCCAACAUGGAAUGUUGCACAUUUAGUUGUGAGGUUAGCAAUGCUAGACAUUUUAUCCAACCCAAAUGUUGUGAUGUACUUAAAUACACCAGAUGUUGAAAGUGGUAUAUCAUCAUUACAAUUGGCCAUUUAUGAUAAUUCAUUAGCUGUUGUAAAAGCAUUAAUUGCUUUGGACGUUUCUUUGGAACACUUGGAUAAUGAAGCCAAUUCAGUUUUUCAUUAUGCUGCUAAAUCUAGUAGUGAUAUAAUUUUGGUUUUAUCUAAAGUGAGCACAAAAUGCUUAAACUAUCGUAACAUAAAUGGAUUUACUCCCCUUCACUUGGCAUGUCAAGCGGAUAAACCAGAAUGUGUUAAAGAAUUGUUAGUUUGUGGGGCUGAUGUAAAUAUUCCGGCUGGAGUUCCUGUUAAUAAUGUAACCGAAAAUAAAUUACCUGGAAUUGUUAAAGAAUAUCUUCAGGAUAAUCAUAAAAAAUUAUUUGUUGAAGAUAUGAAAUUUGGUGGAACUCCUUUACAUUGGUCAAGUUCUCGUGAAGUAAUCGAUAGCUUAAUUGCCAAUAAUUGUGAUAUAAAUGCAUUGAAUUUUGAUAAGCGCACUGCUCUUCACAUAAUGGUUUUGAGAAAUAGAUUUGAUUGUGUUAUGGGACUAUUAUGUAAUGGAGCUAAUGUAAAUAUACCUGACCUAGAAGGUAAUACACCACUUCAUUUAGCAGUCAAAAGCAAUUUGGUACCAGUAAUUCAUGCUCUUAUUGCGUUUGAAGCUGAUAUUGAUUAUAUUAAUAAUAAAGGUGUAUCUUCAAGACAUAUUGCUGCUACCAAUAAUGGUCCAGAUAAAAUUUCUGAUAAAAUUGUCUAUAUCUUGCAUGCAGUUGGUGCAAAACGGUGUCCAAAUAUUUUAUUGGAUACGGAAUGUACAAAUGGAUGUGCUUGGGAUAAAGAAUUUAAUGGUUUACCACCUCAAAGACCUAUAUCAAUGCCAGUUAGAUGUAUUGUGACAGCGAUGGAAGAACUCAUGGAUGAAAGAAUAGAUAUUAACAGAAAUCAUAGAGGAGGCAGAGUUUUAUGCCUCGAUGGUGGUGGAAUUAGAGGAUUGGUGUUGAUAUCUAUCUUACUUCAUAUAGAAAAUGCCACUAAAGUUCCUAUUAUUCAUUGUUUUGAUUGGUUAGCUGGCACAAGUACUGGUGGAAUUUUAGCUUUGGGACUUGCAUGUGGUAAAUCGUUGCACGAGUGUCUGUGCUUAUAUUUUAGACUUAAACAACUUGUGUUUCAAGGUAGUAAACCUUACCAAAGUGAGGUAUUGGAAAAUAUGUUACAAGAAACAUUGGGCGCAAAUACAUAUAUGAGUGAUAUAAAACAUCCAAAGAUUUUAGUCACAGGUUUGUUAGCAGAUAGAAAACCCGUAGACUUGCACAUUUUUCGUAAUUAUACAUCACCAAGUGAUAUGAUUAAUCUAGAUCAUCCAUGUGAUUAUCCACCACCACCACCACCUCAUGAACAGUUAGCAUGGAAAGCAGCAAGGGCAAGUGGUGCAGCGCCUUCAUAUUUUAGAAUGUUUGGUCGUUUUUUGGAUGGAGGAUUGAUUUCAAAUAACCCUACUUUAGAUACUUUGACCGAAAUCGAGGAAUAUAAUUUAGCAUUAUACAAAACAAAUAGAGCUCACGAAAUGCAUGAUCCAAGUCUUGUAGUUUCUGUUGGAACUGGAUGUAUACCUGUGACUGAGGUGAAAAAUUUAGACAUUUUUAAACCAAGUAGUGUGAGUGAUAGUUUGCGGUUGGUGUUUGGAUUCUCAGCACUGGGUCUGUUACUUAUUGACCAAGCUACCCAGUCUGAUGGUCGUGUUGUGGACAGAGCAAGAUCGUUGUGUUACAAAACAAAAACUGAAUUCUUCAGGUUUUGCCCACAACUAUCAGAAGAUAUAGCUAUGGACGAAAAAGAUGAUGUGAAACUAGUCAAAAUACUUUGGGAAACCAAAGUCGAUAUGGUGAAAAACAAUAAUAAAGUGUGUAAACUGGCACAGUUAUUGAAAUAAUUUGAUGUACUUAUUAUAUUUAAGACAUUUAAUUGCUUAUAAUUGUUUUACCUUUAUUUUCUCAUUACAUUUUUAAUA